AUGUUGCUUAAGUCUGUCACUGCUGCAGCCCUGCUGGCUUAUACAGCUGCUGCCCAUUAUGUGCUCCCGCGAGCAGACGGAAACUCUACGAGGAUUUGCGGUACCCCUGAGCCUACCGAAGCUCAAAUAGCCGCCUCCCAAGUUAUGCUUGCUAAGGAGCAGGAAAUGCGUGCUAAGGGCGAAUCUCGGGCCCUCAGAUCGUUCAGCGUGAACACCUACUUCCACGUUGUAGCGUCAUCCACAUCUCUCGACGAUGGUUAUAUUACCCAACAAAUGAUUGACGAUCAACUUGAUGUUAUGAACGCAGCCUAUGGUGUGCAUGGCAUUACGUUCAACCUGGUUAGCACGGACUGGACCAUAAACCGCAGUUGGGCUGCGGACGGGAAUGAACUUGCAAUGAAGAGGGCGCUUCGCAAAGGCACCUACUCCGACCUCAAUAUUUAUUUCCUAGGCAAUCUCGGCGGUGGAUUGCUCGGAUAUUGCUACUUCCCAGACAACGUUGCUGAUGGAUCUACCGAGUUCUACCUCGAUGGAUGUACCGUGCUAGGGCAAUCCGUCCCCGGGGGUAGCGCCGCUCCAUAUAAUUUAGGGGGUACUGUCACACAUGAGGUUGGUCAUUGGAUGAACCUCUAUCAUACUUUCCAAGGAGGAUGUCAGAGUCCAGGGGAUUCUAUAAAUGAUACUCCUCCUCAAGCAUCGGCGUCUAGCGGCUGUCCAAUCGGGAGGGAUAGCUGUCCUGGCGGUGGCGUUGAUCCUAUACAUAAUUAUAUGGAUUACUCGGAUGAUGCUUGUUACGAAGAGUUCACCCCAAAUCAAGAAGAUCGUAUGUUUAGCGGCUGGUCUACUUACCGUUCUUGA